AUGUGGAACUUGAGGCAUGUUCGCUUGGCCCGCCGAGCUCACGUGCUUGCCCUAAGGAAAAAUCACAACUCCAGCACAUUUUCGGUGGCCGCAGCCGCAGUCGAAGUCGAGCAUCACACACUUCCCGCCCGUCACUUUGUCGUCUUCCACCCCAACGACAACCCUCACACAUCAAUCAAGAUGACCAAGCGCACGAAGAAGGUCGGCGUCACCGGUAAAUACGGUACCCGUUACGGUGCUUCCCUGCGAAAGCAGGUGAAGAAGAUGGAAAUCACCCAGCACGCCAAGUACACCUGCACUUUCUGCGGCAAGGUCACCGUCAAGCGCCACUCGACUGGUAUCUGGAACUGCAAGGGCUGCAAUCGCACCAUCGCUGGCGGCGCCUACGUUGUUGCCACCCCCGCCGCCGCUGCCAUGCGCUCGACUCUGCGACGAUUGAGGGAGAUUGCUGAAGUUUAA